GCUUUACCGAGACUCACCAUAUCUCCUGAACACCUUUUCCCGCGAAGUGCAUCUGCCAGAACUGCGAGCAAAGUGCGUGAAAUGCCUAAAAGAAGGAUUAUAAUGUACCGAAUUCCCGAGAUUUAGUGUUUUGUUUCGAGACCUGAUACAGUCCUAUCUUCUCGAUACUCGGGAUAUCCAUUCGGAUAUUCUUCCUCGUUAAUUUCUCGUUCCAGCGGAUGUAUGUCAUGGUCUAUCCGCUUAAAGCACGACCUAGUUUAAACAGAUACUGAUAAUUACAGUUUUUAAGAGUGAAAGCUAAUAGCAAACCUCGAGGAACCGCUAUGGACCGCUUUUACUGAGAGAAUCGGUUCGUCGAUCGUCGAUUCAAGAUGGCCGCCAGCAAACCACUCGAAAUGAGCUACACGUGCGAGAUCUGCGGAUCGGAGGGAUUCAACGACGAGGAGAUGAGAUCGCACAUGGUGCUCUGCCACCUUCAAGGGGCGGCCCAUUGUCCCUUUUGUGACCUUGGAGAAAUCUCAGCCGCCGAGAUGAUGCUUCACGUUAACAGCGCCCACCUGGAUUACCUUACACCUUGUACCCCAGACAGUGAUACAAUGGCAUUCAUCGAUGAGGAUCCCUCAAUGGAUGGAGAUCAGGAUCAUGAAGAUCGCGGUCCUUCCUCUCUAAUGUCGUUACACCCUCCUCACCUCCGGAAUGGAUGGGGCAGUUCUUCAGAUAUGCGCUCUCUUGCGCCACAUAAGCCAGAGCCUCGCUCAGCCAGUUCUAAUGUGAAUCUGAAUAAUAAUAACAACAACAAUAGCAAUGUCAAUAAUGUGGUCGAAGGUGCAGCGGGUCAUGGUUCUCCCCUUCGGUCCAGUUUGAACCUCCAGUUACGCUCUCAUGCGUCGCCAAAACUCCCAGUACAGGAGUGUCCGAUGUGCCCAUACAGUUCGGACAGUCCACUGCGACUGGAGGAACACAUUAACCGGCAGCAUUUUGAUCUGACGUCGCCUUCGUUUCCACCAGAGUCUCCACCAUCUAGGGAAGGUGUAUAUAAUUGUCCUCUCUGUGUGACGUCCUUCCCAAACUCGUCGGACCUCGAGCUGCACGUAAAUAUCGAGCACAAAGAUAUCCUCAGUCCAGCUAAUGGCGCAGCGUCGCAGUCUGAAUUAGCGACAGUAGGCGGGGACACUCCAGCUUGUCCGGUUUGCUUGAGCAGCUCCUUCAGGAACAACGACGAGCUGACCGCGCACAUUGACGAGCACUUCAGUAAAAAGAGCACGCCCUCGCCGGUAACACCCGAUCUUUCGUCGGACAGGAUGCUAGCAAGAGACAUGGAACGCAGAGAGAAGGAAGUAAGGAGACGCAGAGAGCAGAGGGAGUUCGAAAUGCUCAGAGCGCAAUACGGCAUGGACAAUCAGGGUAAUUUUAAGGAGCAGAGCGUCACCAAUAUGCAACGAGCCGUGUAUGCAGGAGAGAUGUCUGUCGCAGACUACUACGAAAAGCAGAUCGAACUAAGGGUAGCUGAAAGCAGUGGCAUCGAUGACGGGAGUUCUUGUACCAGAGGGUUGAUCCCCAGGAUACGAGCAGCUAGCCAAGCGAAUACGAACGUCGUGAACACGUGGACAUGUUCAACGGUGGAUCACUAUGGAUCGACGUACGGAGAUAAAGGCUGGGGCUGUGGAUACCGUAAUCUUCAGAUGCUGAUUUCUUCGCUGUUGCAACACACCGGUUACAACGAAUUAGUGUACAGAGCCUGGAGCUCUGUGGCAGGAAGCAGUAGCAGCACGGAGAAUCCUCUCCGUAGCUCAAUACCCUCCAUAUCGAGGUUGCAGAAGAUGAUCGAAUGGGCCUGGUCUCAAGGCUUCGACGUCCAGGGUGCCGAACAGCUCGAAGGGAAACUGGUCAACACUAGAAAAUGGAUAGGCGGUUCAGAAGUAGUCACAUUAUUGUCCAGUCUCAGGAUAAGGUGUCAGCUCAUAGACUUUCACAGACCAACCAGUUCUGAUGGCAAACACCCUGAGAUGUUCAAUUACGUCUUGCGGUACUUUCAACAGACGGAGGACUUCAAGCCUCCACUAUAUCUUCAGCACCAAGGUCACAGCAGAACAAUCGUAGGAGUAGAACAAUUCAGAGAUGGGUCUAUAAUGAUGCUGGUACUGGAUCCCAGCCACAGUCGAUCGCAAAUGAUGCAAUUUAAUAAUACUAGCACUAGUCUGAGUGCAAUGCGACUGAUGCGCAAGUCCAUGGCUGCAAUGAAAGCUAAACAGUACCAGGUCGUAGCGGUUGUAGGAAUCAUGGACACCGAGUCCCAAUAUCAGCAAAGUAAAGUUCUGUGCUCCCUCCGAGUUCCCUUGGACAGGUGAGACUUAAGGAGGACCGCGAACUGGAAGAGGAUACGGCACCUCCACCUCGAGCUGUCAUCAAUAAACGUCAUCGAAGUCUCGUGACCAU